AUGGACCAGCCUUGCCAUUCCAAGGCAGCAGCAGUUUUGAAUGACCUGAUUGCACGUGUUGCUCGCCGCCCUCUGGGACUGCUGGCGUCAAGCAGCAUGCGUGCAAUACGAUUGACGAUAAACGCCGAAUCGCUGCACAUUGCCUACCUGCUUAGCCUUCUGGGCUGCCGCCUCUGCGGAAUGGACUACCAGGCAGAGGCUGAGACGUUUCACAGGAGGGCCCUGUGCAUAGGAGCGAAGCUUCUUGGGGGCGACCAUCCAUCUCUUGCAGAUGCAAUGGAGUGGCUAUCUUAUUCUCUCUACCGGCAGGGAAACUUCAAGGAGGCUGUGCUGCUGUGCGCCAGCGCCACGGUCCUCAUUCAGGGGGCGUUUGGGCCCUGCCACCCCUUCCUCGCCAACUGCUACUGGAACCUCGCCACCGUCGUCGAGGCCAUGGGCCUAAAGCCUCACGGGGGCGACCUGAGGGCCAGGGCGAGUUCCAUAGUCAGCCGAUCGCUGGACCCGUGGCUGCUGCUUCGGUGGACCGGCGAGCGGCCGCCGGUCGCCGAGGACGUGGCGAAGCCGCCUUUGUUGCAAGGGGCUGGGGGGACUGGAACUCAGGCACGUGGUGGUGCGGAGGGAAAAGGAGGAAGUGGGUCGUCAGCGCCUGGGGAUGUGGGCAAGGAAGGGCCUGGCAGAGAGCCCCAGUCUCACGGAACCGAGGAAAUGCGCUCUGCGCCAUGCAGCGCGUGGGACUCGGCGUCUCUUGAGGCCGAGGACGUCUCCAACGGUGCCGAGGACGGCGCUGGCAUCGAAGGGAUGCGCGAUGCGCCGAAUGCUGUCGAGGGCCGGCGCAAGGGCGGAGCGUUUCUGGAAUUGUUGGCACUCAGGGCCGAGUGCGAGGGGGGCGAAGACGGGGCUGCGGCGAUCGUCGGCGUGGCACUGAAAUGA